CGGAAGCCCGGCGGGUGCGGCCCCGCGCGAGCCGCGGCCAGCGCGCCUCGGGCCGGACGAUGCCCAAGAAGCUGCUGCUGCUGCCGCCGCUGUCCGUGGCCUCGGCCUUCCGCGCCCCGCGCGCCCGCCCCGCCGCGCCCCCGGCCAUGAACGCCGCCCGCACCGGCUACCGCGUCUUCUCCGCCAACUCCACGGCCGCCUGCACCGAGCUGGCCAAGCGCAUCACCGAGCGUCUCGGUGCUGAGUUGGGGAAGUCUGUGGUGUAUCAGGAGACCAAUGGAGAGACAAGAGUUGAAAUAAAAGAAUCUGUUCGUGGCCAAGAUAUUUUCAUCAUCCAGACAAUACCCAGAGAUGUGAACACCGCGGUGAUGGAGCUGCUGAUCAUGGCCUACGCGCUGAAGACUGCCUGUGCCAGGAACAUCAUCGGGGUCAUCCCCUACUUCCCCUACAGCAAGCAGAGCAAGAUGAGGAAGCGGGGCUCCAUCGUGUGCAAGCUCCUGGCCUCCAUGCUGGCCAAGGCCGGUUUAACUCACAUUAUCACUAUGGACCUUCAUCAAAAGGAAAUCCAAGGCUUUUUCAGCUUUCCCGUGGACAACCUUAGAGCCUCACCUUUCCUGCUUCAGUAUAUCCAGGAAGAAAUUCCAAAUUACAGAAAUGCAGUCAUUGUAGCUAAAUCUCCUGAUGCUGCAAAAAGGGCCCAGUCUUACGCGGAACGGCUGCGCCUGGGCCUGGCUGUCAUCCACGGAGAGGCGCAGUGUGCGGAGCUGGACAUGGACGACGGCCGCCACUCCCCGCCGAUGGUCAGAAACGCCACUGUCCACCCCGGCCUGGAGCUGCCAUUAAUGAUGGCCAAGGAGAAGCCGCCGAUCACCGUGGUGGGAGACGUCGGCGGGCGCAUCGCCAUCAUCGUGGAUGACAUCAUUGAUGACGUGGAGAGUUUCGUGGCUGCCGCGGAGAUCCUGAAAGAGAGAGGCGCUUACAAGAUCUACGUCAUGGCCACCCACGGCAUCCUGUCCGCAGAGGCCCCCCGCCUGAUCGAGGAGUCCUCCAUUGAUGAGGUGGUAGUGACCAACACCGUCCCCCAUGAGGUGCAGAAGCUGCAGUGCCCCAAGAUCAAGACAGUGGACAUCAGUCUGAUUCUUUCUGAAGCGAUUCGCAGAAUCCACAACGGGGAGUCCAUGGCCUACCUUUUCCGGAACAUCACCGUGGACGACUAGCCGGGGCUCGCCUCCUCGGCUCCUCGGGGGCACGUGACGGGCAGGGCUGAUUGCACGGUACUGCCUCGUGGGAGGACUGAGGGGUCUCAGCCAGGUGGCCUCUCCCCACUUCGGGAGGUGAGAGGCACUAAGCUCGUCACGAGGCAGGGAGCAGAGGGCUGAACCCCGGCAAGGGCCGCCGCCACCGUCCUUCCCCUAAAUGGACGUCGUGAAAAAAAUCUGAAAAUCUUGACUGGAAAAGACUUUCAGGGCAGACAGUCUCGAUGCUAAUGUUCUGGUGUUUCAGCUGCAGGGAAGCGCAGACGUUAAUGUUGAACGUGCUUAGGGAAGCUGAGCGCCUGGCACCCUCUAUUCUAGUUGUCCUCUCUCCCGGCCAGCUUGACGCCCCUCUUUAGCGGGAAUCCUGUAUUUCUUUGAGGAACUGCCAUCCCCACAGCCGGUAAACAGCAUUUCUGGCGUCACUCCUAGCAAGGAUUAGAGAAGAGCACCCUAGCUCUGGAGGUCUGUGUUGCUCUUAAGUUGCAAAUAAAAGGAUUCGUGGUCUUGCUGGUCUCUUCACUACCCCCCAGCGCUGCCCACUCGCCUGCCUUCGAGGGGCUGCCUUCUGUGCGCGAGACCCGGACUCAGGCUGGCCCAGAGCUGGCCGGUGGCCUCCGCCAGCAGCUCGCCCCUUCCCCCGACACCUGAGCACUGACGCGAGAGCCUUGCUGAGUGAGAAAUUAAAAAUCUAAAUUAAAAAAAAAUUUCCGCCGUGUGAAAGGAGGCACUUGCCUUCACUGAGCUCCUCGGGCCUGCACGGGGCCUUUCCGCCGCCUUUGUCAGGCAGGCCUCGCUGCGGGGCUGAGUGAUGGGGGAAGGCGUCUACGGGAGGAUGAACUGGAAUUGCUUAUUGGUCCUGCAGUUCCCGAGAGAUAAUAAAGGGCAAUUCAAUUAUUUGCACAAUUGUGUUUC